AUGAUGAUGUCUCUGAGCAGCAAGCAGCCCUUCGGCCUCCCCCACGGCGGCGGCGGCGGCGGCGGCGGCCUCCACGAAACCAAGUACUCGGCCCUGCACACCGCCUCGCCCUGUCCCUCCGCCGGCGCCGCCGCCCCCGCCGCCAGCUCCCCCAGCAGCACCGGCACCGGCGGCUCCGCCGGACGCGGCUCCGGCUCCGGCUCCGGCGGCAGCGGCGGCUCCGGCUCCAGCUCGGGCUCCGGCGGCAGCGGCGGCGGCGCGGAGGCGAUGCGGCGGGCCUGCCUGCCCGCCCCUCCGAGCAAUAUAUUCGGCGGUCUGGACGAGAGCCUGCUGGCCCGCGCCGAAGCCCUGGCAGCGGUGGACAUCGUCUCCCCGAGCAAGAGCCACCACCACCACCCGCCGCACCACAGCCCCUUCAAGCCGGACGCCACGUACCAUACCAUGAACACCAUCCCCUGCACCUCGGCCGCCUCCUCCUCCUCCGUGCCCAUCUCCCACCCGUCCGCCCUGUCGGGCACCCACCACCACCAUCACCACCACCACCACCAUCACCACCAGCCCCACCAGGCGCUGGAGGGGGAACUCUUGGAGCACCUGACGCCGGGGCUGGCGCUGGGGGCCAUGGCGGCCCCCGACGGCGCCGUGGUCUCCACGCCGGGCCACGCUCCGCACAUGGCCGGCAUGAACCCCAUGCACCCGGCGGCGCUGGGCAUGGCCCACGCCCACGGGCUGCCGGCCCACAUGGGCUGCAUGAGCGACGUGGACGCCGACCCCCGCGACCUGGAGGCCUUCGCCGAGCGCUUCAAGCAGCGCCGCAUCAAGCUGGGGGUGACCCAGGCCGACGUGGGCUCGGCGCUGGCCAACCUGAAGAUCCCGGGGGUGGGCUCCCUCAGCCAGAGCACCAUCUGCCGCUUCGAGUCCCUCACCCUCUCCCACAACAACAUGAUCGCCCUCAAACCCAUCCUGCAGGCGUGGCUGGAGGAGGCCGAGAAGUCCCACCGCGAGAAACUGGCCAAGCCCGAGCUCUUCAGCGGUGCGGAGAAGAAGCGCAAGCGGACCUCCAUCGCCGCCCCCGAGAAGCGCUCGCUGGAGGCCUAUUUCGCCCUGCAGCCCCGGCCCUCCUCCGAGAAGAUCGCCGCCAUCGCCGAGAAGCUGGACCUCAAGAAGAACGUGGUCCGCGUCUGGUUCUGCAACCAGCGCCAGAAGCAGAAGCGCAUGAAGUACUCGGCGGGCAUCUGAGCCGGCCGCGGAGCGGCACCCACAGCGCCGGCGCCGCCGUCACCGACAGAAAAUUCCAUCGACGACGAGAGCGACAAAAAGGAAAGGAGGAAAACAACCCCAAGCAACCCCAGCCCACCCCGCCGCCCGCCCCGCGCCCAGCUUUCGGGGGGAACUUCCCCGCAGAGCCGCGCCCGGACCCGCCCCGGCAAGUACCGCUGGUUUUUAUUCCUAACAGACCUCGCCCGGGUGGCAGCGGGGUGGCCACGAUGCCAUGGCUUUCUCGGGACCCAAACUUGAAUCUAGAG